GCGGACAAUAGGCGUGUGUUGGAGCGUGGCGUGUGUGGGUCUGGCCUCGGGCGCUCAUCAUAGGCAGGCGGCCGGCCACUCGCCACACACCCGCAGUCACGUCCGCAGCGCCCGCCCGCGUAAGCUCGCCCCCGAUAAUCACCCCCGCGCGCCCGGGAAUUUUCCUCGGGGCCUCCGCCAUGAACUCCCCGCAGUCCACCAGCGGCGACUCCUGCCCCGACAGCCCACCGGGCCCCGCACGGCAGCUAGACGGCAGCAGAACGACGGGAGAACCGCCAGACAUGGACCGACACAGACGGAAGCGGAAGGCCGGGGAGGAGCCGACGCCCCACAAGGUGAUUGAGAAGAGGCGGAGAGACCGCAUCAACCAGCGGUUUGAGGAGCUGCGCGGCCUGGUGCCCACUGCACGGAACUCACAGGGUGUUAAGAACGACAAGGUUGAUCUCCUCCACAUGACGAUAGAACACCUGAAGACGCUGACGGGGAGGACCUCACCUGUGGACAGGGAAAAUGAUGAGAACUGCCCGCAGCAGACGUCAGCCCCUCCAGCCAGGGGAGUCAUCUUCACAGCGACGGACGCGGUUCUCGCCGGUUUCUCGGAGUGCGCGUACGAAGCCCUGCAGUACCUCUUACACGAGGAGCACAUGCCUGAGGACAGCGAGCUGGUCGUCAGUCUCCGCUCCCACCUCAGGAACUCGCAGAUGUCUCUCGACGUGCACCGAGUCCUUCAGACACACCUCCCGCACCCCACCUUCGAUUCAGCCCCGCCCCAACGCCUCAUGACACCGCCCAGACAUGCCGUGGACUUGCCCCUCCCCCCGUCCCCGCACACGAUGCAGUCUCCCAGCCAGCCGACGGCGUCCAGAUCGGAGCUCGCCAUGCCCACGAGCGCACAGCAGCCCACACCAACAACGUACCCGAACUCCCCGAGGGUGGUCCACAGCUUUUCUCCGGCGAAGCUUCCCAGUUCGCCGGGGGUGCAGAUGUCCAUGCAGCAGCAGCAGGCUGUCAGCAUGCCUAACUCGCCGGGGGUGCAGCUCAGUAUGCAGCACAGGCUAACCCCUCCCUGCACCACCCCCAACAGCACCAUGUCCCUCGCAAACGUCACGCCCCUCACAGUUGCCAUGGCAACGUCAACCGUCGCCAGGGCAACGGCAUCUGCCGCCAUGGCAACCAGCAGUCCUUCGCCGGGUCCAGUGAUGCCGAUAUUUGCCUACCUGCCGCCCCGUUCCUAUGGUUACCCCAUGCCUGCCCCGCCCCCACCCCCACCCCCGCCCCCACACUAUGCCAGCGGCCCGCCCGUCAGUCCGUACCAACCAGUGUUCGUCGGCUGGCUGCCCCAGCCGCCACAACCACCUCCACAAUAGGGGAAAAACACCAAAAAAAUAUUAACAGCAUACAGAAAUUUUGCUAAUACUUGAUUAAUCUAUGGACCAUUUUGAUUGACACACGACAACAAGAAACAAAAAAAAAUGAUUUAUCAACGACCAGUCUGUUUUCUUAUUAGUGUGUCUAACAUAUCAAGCUGCCCGUCACCACCUACAAAAAAGGACACCAAAGGAUAUCACUGCCAUCAAAUCCUCCAUUCCCUGACUGUGGAAAAACAGAAAGAACACACUGCCUUAACAUUACAGUAUUAAGAACACUGAAAAGUGUUUCAAGACUGUCUUUUUGUUCUCAGAGAUAUGCUGAUCGCAGAUGUUUCUUAA